AUGUUGCGGCGACUGCUGACGAGACGCAGCGUCAGUUUCGCCAGGCCGGCGCGGAAGAACUACUUCUUCAACGCCAACCUGUUCAAUGCCAACAGCGAGGACAACCAGGCGACGGCCGGGCCGAACAUUGUCGACGUGAUCAACGAGAUAAAUGACGACCAGAACUUCAAGUUCGACCUGCAAACGCCGGACAAGGUCGACGGCGUGGCGUCGCAGCUGGACCACCUGAUCCCGAUUCUGGACGAGCACGAGCUGCCGGACGCAGCGGCCGAGAUCGACGCGGACCAGAUCCGGAUGGAGUCGUUUCUGGACACAUACAAGGUGUGGCGACAGCUGCGGGACAGCGGGUUCAGCGAGGCAGAGAGCGAGGUGGUGCUGGGCCUGGUCAAGGCUGUUCUGAAGCAGAAGCUAACGUGGCUCAACAACAAGUUCGUGCCGCAGGUCGACCUGGAGAACGAGGUGUAUCUGUUCGAGGCUGCGCACAGCGAGCUGCUGGUGGAGACGCGCAACUACCGCGAGAUCUCGCUUACGGAGCUCACGAGCUCGUCGAUCGGGCUGAAACGAAUGUUCAACCUGCUGCAGGACGAGACUACGUCGCGACUGCAGCUCAACGACAACUCCAUCAAAAUGAUCCUUAACCAGUUUAAGCACGAAAAUAAUCUACAGCUCAAGCGACUCAACAUCAAAAACCAGGACCUCAACAACAAAAUCAUCUCGGAGCUGAUCUCCGGGCUGCGGUCCGAGGUCGAGACGCUCCGGUGGGCGCUCACGCGGUCCGGCAUCCUUGCCAUUCUGAUCAUGGCCGUCGCCAUCAUGACCAGCUGGAACGCCACCAAAAACCUCAAACUGGGCGACGAGCUCGAGGCCGCGCAGGACGCGCCGACGCUGCGGCAGAUCUCCGAGCCCGCAGACGAGGAGAGCCACGACUACGAGGCCGACUGGGACGAGCGUGUGCGUGUGCAGUGA